GAAAGCAGUUCGUUGAGCCCCCUGGUUCACGAAGCUUCCUGACUUUUCUGGAGGUCCCAGGGCUUCACAAGGUUCUGGGCGUACAGUGUCAACACCUACUUGUUGAAAAGUGACCUCCCUUGUGGCUGGCCUUACCUAGAGCUUUUGCUGAAAAGGGAACUAUGAAUGUGUUAGUAAUUUAAAAUUGACUUGGGUUUAGCUUGGACAUACUAUUAUAGUACCCAGUACACUUAAAACCCAAUUUAAGGCAAAAUUCAAUCUGGGUUUAGAUGAACAGUGGAAACGUCUUAAUGUUUGAAGCAUCCUCUGAAACAUGACUGUUGGAUCGCUAGGGAAGAGACUUUAAAAGAUACGCUGAUGUCUAGAUACUUAAGUUUUCUUUGAAGACAUGUAAAAAGUGUUGAGUGAGUGACAUCAUCUUCAUCAGUGAAAAAAAUGGAAUUUGUUUUUCCAUCCUUUUCAUUUACAUUUUUAAAGUUUUGUUAUUAAAUAGAGGGAAUUUUCUUUGUAAUGGUCAUUUUCCAGUUUGGUCACAUGAUCCUGAAAAUUAAGUGCUAUUUUGCCAACCAUGGCAUCUGGAGAUGACAGUCCUAUCUUUGAAGAUGACGAAAGCCCUCCUUAUAGCCUGGAAAAAAUGACGGAUCUCGUAGCUGUUUGGGAUGUUGCUUUAAGUGACGGAGUCCAUAAGAUUGAAUUUGAACAUGGGACCACAUCAGGCAAACGAGUGGUAUAUGUAGAUGGGAAGGAAGAGAUAAGAAAAGAAUGGAUGUUCAAAUUAGUGGGCAAAGAAACCUUCUGCGUUGGAGCUGCAAAGACAAAAGCAACGAUAAAUAUAGAUGCUAUCAGUGGAUUUGCGUAUGAAUAUACUCUGGAAAUUAAUGGGAAGAGUCUCAAGAAGUAUAUGGAGAACAGGUCAAAAACCACCAAUACUUGGGUAUUACAUUUGGAUGGUGAGGACUUUAGAGUCGUUUUGGUUUUCAAAAUACUGAAUUGGAACAUAUUCUCCUCUAAAGAAAAAGACACUAUGGACGUAUGGUGUAAUGGUAAAAGAAUGGAGACAGCAGGUGAGUUUGUAGAUGACGGGACUGAAACUCACUUCAGUGUUGGGAACCAUGACUGUUACAUAAAGGCUGUCAGUAGUGGGAAGCGGAAAGAAGGGAUUAUCCAUAGUCUCAUUGUGGAUGAUAGAGAAAUUCCGGAGAUUCUUGAAUGACUUCAUGAUGGUGCAUUUUAAUCUUAAGAAGUAAAGAUCAAGACUUUUAAAUUACUGUGGUAAUUAAAUAUGUUCAAGAUGUACUUUUUAGUACACUUAGUCUCCCAACUGUUUAUUUUUUAGUUACUUAAAACCGUAAUAUUCCAAGGGUCAAAAAAAAAUUAUGUACAAUCAUAAAAAUUGCAAUUUAUUUUGUAAAUAAUGUAAAGUGUUUUAAAGCCAAAUGGAAAAUAAGAUAUGGACCAAAAUCACUAAUGUUUUACAAGAGGAACUUUAACUAUAAUAAACACUAUAAAAU